AUGGCCGAAGAAGCAUUUGUUGACGUGAGGGAGGAUGUAGCAGAGGUAUGGUCUAAGCCUUACAGUCUUCUGUAAGCAAGAAAAUAUGUAUCUGUUUCAGUCUAUAUCACAUGAACAAUUUUUUUUGUCUGUAAAGAAGUUCAUUGCAAAUAACUAUCUCGGUUAAUCUAACGGUUGGCUUUGUCUUUCUUAAUUAUAAAGAAACUUAUUGCAGAUCCUUAUGACAGUAAAUUUAUCCAUAUCUGAAAAGCUUCUCCAGUCCUAGUACUUGAAUCUUUCAAUCUAUGAUGCGGCAUGGAGUAUCUUUUUGCAUAACUUUAAACUUUAUGAGAUGUAACUAGCAGUUCAUACGUAUUCUUAUAUAAUUCUCUUUUUAUAUAUUGUGACAAGUCAGUCAUUUGAGUGGUACUGGUAGAUGGCUGGAUUUUCUCAAGAUUUAUGUUGCUCAUCGAGUUUGAUUCCAUCUAGUGCGUCCAUUGUGUUUGUCACAUGCUGCACAUCUGAUUUCCGCUUACCCAUGUAACCAAGCUUUCUGAGAUGCCGGCCUAAUAAGGGGUAGCCUGGAUCUUUUUGACAAUGUGUAUGGGGUGUUUUCUGUGUCUCUUUGCAUCACAAUGUCUGGAGCUAUUUUUUUUGCAGAAAGGUCCCUCGUGUCUUUUUAGAAUCUUCAUUCAUGUCCGAAACUUUUGGGAAGGAUAACUUUGUGGAUGAUAUGAUGUUCAUUUCCUGUCAUCAUGUACCUGCCGAUAUGACUCUUUUGAAGCAAGCCUUAUUGAUAAUUUCAUCUUUUCUGUCGAUUGGGGGGAUUACUUCGUAGACUCAAGACAUCAGUUAUCUUUCAGAUGUGUUGAGUCCAACUCCAACCAGCAUUAAUAAUUACUAUAAUGGGAUUGAAUGCCAUAUUGACCGGCUACAGUCUCAUUUCGAAGCAGAUCAGUCAAAUCACACAAUAUAGAGAGGAAUAAUGAUGUGGCUAAAAGUAGAAUAAGAUAUUUUUGUGUUAUUUAAAUUUUUACCUACUUGUUUAAUAAAAAAUGCUUAUACAUCAAUACUUUCUUUUAGUAGGGGCUGUUUCGAAGAUCCAUAAGGACUUUGUUUUAUUGAUCAAAGAUUUCUUUGGGUAUCAGUUGAUGAUCCCUGCUCAUUUUCCAUUAAUUUUCAUGUUUUUUCCCUUUGAUAACCAUUGGCUCAUGCCAUAUAUUUCUAUUACAUAAAGUAAUGCAAAUGUUGUCAAUAAUGACAAGUGAUGUUUACACGAAUAACUUAAUCAACGAAUUUCACUACACACACUAGUUGAUCAUUUAGAUUAGUCGUCUUAUUUCUUCAUGAUGAAAUAUAUGAUAUGGGGUAUACGGGAGAUUAAAAUGUGUAUGCAAAGAAAAUGAAUGUUUCCCCUUAUUAUCUCUUGUGAACAUCCUUGUUUAGGAUCAGAUUACGAACUUCAUCGUGCUUCUUUCUUUUCAUCCAUUUUCUUCUAAGGUUAGAUCCCUCAAUAUGUUUUCUUGUUGAAAUGCAGCUUGCACCAUUUGACCCCACGAAGAAGAAGAAAAAGAAGAAGGUUGUUAUCCAGGAACCAACUGAGGAGGUGGAGAAACUUGCAGAAAAAACAGAAAAUUUGUCAGGUAUUUUGAAAUAUCAGAGGUCACUGUUACCUUUUUUAAAAUUAUAUUUCUAAAGAAAUAUUCAGGUAUGAUUGCUCACAUUUUAAAAUUUUUACCUUUGUACUUAAUGCCUUUAAAAUUUUCAUGUUUUCUUUGGGUGCUUUUUUUGAUGUAGUUUCUGAGGGUCUUGAACCUAGUUUUGCUGGCUUGAAGAAAAAGAAAAAGAAGCCGGUUAGUCAGUGGAUGAUCCUUUAGUGACGUUUGAAAUCCAGAGUGGCGUACUUUUUUCCAAAUUUAUGUCCCCUUAUCACCUGUGUCGCUAUAACAUUUCUAUAUUUCUGUUGUUCUGUUAUUUUAGGUCGAAACCGAUUUCCUUAGUGAAGAACGUGGUGAUGUUGGAGAAGAACAUGUGGGUAAGUUCCCUUAUGAAAUAUUUGUUCUUAUCUGACGAUGACUGGAAUGGAACACCUGUUGAUAUGGUUGAAAUUGGAGACAUUUAUUUGAUAAUUCCCGAAACUCAGUUAUCGAAUUGAACAUGUUUCUACUGUUUAGUUGACACUCCUGUUGAAGAUGAAGAAGCGGAAGGUAUUGUGCUUGGAGGAGGUGUACAAUUUCCUUGGGAAGGCACUGUCCGAGAUUACUUUUAUGAAGAGGUGAUGCUUUGCUUUUGCUUUGGUUUUGAGAGAAAUUGGAAUUAAUACAUGAUAAAAGUAGAUAUUUAACUUCAAACCAAUUACUGCUGCUUGCUUGAUAUUUAAAUGCAUAUAUAUUUUUGGGAAUCAAGCAGACCAAAAUCAUCAAAUUAAUUACAAAAAUUCUGGAUUUUUUAAUGGAAUAGCGGUGUGGUUGCAUUUUUCUUCAAUGAUGUCAUUCUUUUCAUUACAUAAUAUACAUCACUCCAUGUCAUAAUGACACCUCUCUCCAUUUGAACUUGGCCACUUCAGAUGAACUUUCUGGAUCCACCAAGAAUUGGCAUAUAAAGAAUACAAUCAAUUUACAUGAAUAAAUAUGUAUAAAGAAAAGGGUGCAGAAAAGAAGUAGAAUAAAUGAGAAAAAAAUGAUUUUCACCGUCCCGAGAAAUGAUGAAAUACACUAUACCUGAGAUGGGAAACGUUUGAGGAGAACAAAAAUCAAAAGAUGUAAUGUAGAAAGGAAUGCUAAAGUUAUGGCAACAACUCAGGCAAUGACUUGUGGUUUAGUCACAUAAAUUGUAUGAAUCUCAUUUUUUUUUAGACUCAUUGGUCCCAUCUUCAUUUUUUUCGGGUAAUUCUGAUAGUUAUUGUACCCGUGGUUGAGAAGAUGAUGAUGACGUUAGUCUCUUGUGUUCUUUCAGCUCCUCGAUAGAGUUUUCAACAUAUUACGUCAGAACAAUCCAGAUCUUGCUGGAGAUAGGCGCAGAACAGUGAUGAGGCCACCCCAGGUUCUUCGAGAAGGCACUAAGAAGACAGUUUUUGUGAAUUUUAUGGAUCUUUGCAAGACGUACGCUCCAUUUUCUUUGACAUGUUACUUUUAGUUUCACAUGUUUUAUUUAUGUCACGAUUAUAGUUUCCCUUUCAUCAGUAGUAUCAUCUUGUCAUUGAUGGGCUUGUGGAGUCUUUGAAUUCCUGAUUUGGAAAGAUUGGUUCCUUGUUUACUGCCUUGACAGAGCCUGCACUGGCUACAUUGUUCAACUUCCCCUGGAUUCUGUAAAUAUCUGUUUCUGAUUUUUUUAUCAACUUAUGAACUUGAGUGCGCAUUUGCCAUCCUCAUUUUUUUUUAGAUUGAUGACAGAUUUAUGUUUCGUAAAUACUGAAAUCCACAUGGUAUGCUGACUUAUUAGACUGGCUACAUCAUGUCGUUGAUAGGUGGAAUGCAAUCAUUUUCCUUUGCCGAAAGAAAUGUAAUCCCUGCCUUUUAAUAGAUCAGUCUAGAAUGUUCAAUGUAGUCUGGAGCCAAGUAGCGUCAUGUAGAAUGGACAAUUGCUUUGGUUGAUUUGCUAAUGCUUCAUAAAUUUCUAGCACUUCCGAUGUUGUUCUUAAUCUUGUUGCGUAGUUUGCUGAGAAAUCUGCCUGAGUCUGUGUUAUGGUGGGUUUCAAGUUAUUGGCUAGUGAACUCCGGGUACUCCGAAUCAGAGCAUGCCUGUGAGCUUUUGAUCUCUUUGUCUAGCUUUUCAUGUAGUAUCUUCUUCUUAUUUUUCUCCUUCCCCUUCUUCUGAGAUUGUAGGACAUAGCUACCUUUGCAUCAGAUCAGAAGAUUUUAAAGUACAUAAAUGGAGUUGUACAUUACAUUAAUGAUUGGUGGAGUCCCAUUAUGAUAAGUCUGUCUUUAUUCGUUGAGGAUCAAUCAUCCACUUUGCUUUAGAAAAAAAGAUGAAAUCAUCAAGCUAUGGAAGUAGUGGGAUAAGUGCUGCACUUCCCUUUAAAUUUUAUCUUUGUAUGUUCUUCUGUCGAUAUUGUUGAUGUAAUAAUAAACUUGCCUAUUCUUAUUGAUGAAAAGAUUAAUGUGCCGGUUGUGGAUCAUAAGCCUCUGCAAUUAGUCAAGGGAGUACUAACAAUCUUAGCUUUCAGGAUGCAUAGGCAACCGGAUCAUGUCCAGAAUUUUCUACUCGCUGAAAUGGGAACUAGCGGAUCUCUUGAUGGGCAACAGAGGCUGGUUGUCAAGGGAAGAUUUGCUCCUAAGAACUUUGAGGGAAUUCUUCGGCGAUACGUCAGUAAGUUUUUUUUAACUAUAUCUGAUUUUAUUUUUUUUGUUUUUAUUCUUGACUGCUUCAUUCUGCUAGGGGAUCUAUAUCUUCACCUUCCUUUGUCUUGCUACUACCAUUUAGAUUCAUGCAUUACUUUGUUAAGUAGCUAAUUCUGUAAGAUUUAUGUGAACUAUAAUUAACUAUAUUCUGUAAGAUUAUAUCCGGCGCUUUUUUUUUUUAAGAUUGUCUGAAACUAUUUGUUGAUUACAUUUUUAUAAUUAGGGUCUAGUUGUUAUUAAUUUCGAUUUUUUAAGUUUCCAUACCUUUUUCUUUCACAGUCCUCCCAUAUGCAGAUUUUUUUCUUACUUCAGACCACCAGAAAGACACUAAACCUAGCCAUCUCUCUCUCUCUCUCUCUCUCUCUUAUAAACCUGUGCAUCAUUUCUAGGUCCAUGGGGGGACAUACCAGAAAAGAUCAGCUGAUAUUUUUAUCUUGUUACCUGAUCAACAUAGAAAUGUUGCAUGAGAAGAGAAAUAAACCUGGAGAAACCCACGUACUCUUCCAUUAUUGCCAUCGCUCAACAGCGUCGAUCCAUCCAGCAACCACUUUAGCCAUAAUCGUAUUCAUAUAUAUAUAUAUAUGUAUAUAUAUUAUUCAUAUACAGAAUGUGUAUCAUCCGUAUGCUCCAUUCAACCAUCUUGUGCAUAUCUUGUGGCGGAUUGGCUCAUCUCUGGUUAUGAUUUUCCAGAUGAGUAUGUCAUUUGCCAUGGAUGCAAGAGCCCGAACACUAUUCUGUCAAAGGAGAAUCGUCUGUUCUUCCUUCGGUGCGAGCAGGUGGGCAUUCCCUCCAUCUCCUUACUCUUCUUAAUCUUAUCUACUGAAUUUACCAUAUAAUAUAUUUUUCUGAAGAAAUCAAGUGAUGAGAACCUUGAUGGCAUGAUUUUUUUCAGAAGAGCUACUGAUCCCUGGUGUCUGUUCUUGCAGUGUAGUUCAUCGAGGUCGGUUGCGCCCAUCAAGGCAGGCUUUGUCGCCCAGGUCGGGCGCCGCAAGGCCGGAGCUUGA